GGCUACCAAUACCGAAAAGAAACCGGUUAAACGUUUAUCGGUUAGCAAUCGGUUAACAUCUGUACCGGAUAAAUAUAUUCUUAUCUCCCUUCUCCCUCAUCUCUCUUCCGUCUUCCCCAAAUCUGCCCCCUCUCUCUCUAAAGACCAUCUAAAUCCUCCGAUGUCUUCCCCGAAUCCUUUCAUCUCUGUAAAAGACCAUCUAAGACUAAACCCUCUCAUGCAAUCUUCGAUUGCUCAGCUUUGAAGGUCGGGGAGACGGAUGGAGAAAGAUGCAAGGCGGAGCGACGGUGACACUUGACGAGGAAAUUGAGGUGGCAAUUGGCGGCGACGAGGUAGAUGCGGAACAACGAUUCACGAUUGAGUGAGAUUCGUGGCUCCCAAUUCAGGGAGAGACACGGCGAGGAAGAUGAUUGUGUAGGGGCGACGAUGCAGAUUGCAGGGAAGCCAGUGGUUGGGAGACCACCCGAAAACCAUCUUCUUUCUCUGCGUCUGCCUUCCCAGAACCCAUUGAUGAGGCAGAGUUCCUCCUCGUGCCCAAUUUAGCCUCUGACAAUGCAAUUCAGGUAAAGGAGGCCUCCUCCGCGCGGCAGUAUCAGCGACAUUUGAAGUAGCAACGACCGUUCGGGUUCAGCGACGGUGAUGCCCGACCAGCGGUGCCCUUCUCUGGCGAGUGGUGAGUAGUGAAGGACGGAGGAAUCGCGGAAUGGAGAGGCGACAUGCAAGCUGUUGGAGACUCUUGGAUCUACUCACCGCUGCCUGGAAUUGCUUUGCCAAAGAUGAGUCGAAAGAGUAGAAGAUGAGAUGCUGGUGGCGGUUGAUUUUUCCAUGGUUGUGGGUGAUGGGGUGUAGAUUUAUGGGAGGGACAAGAGCGGAGAAGAAAAGCAGUGAGAAAACAAGGGAGGAAGGUUUCUUCGGAUUGAUUAAAGAUAGUCGGGUGAGUCCGUAUCAGAUAAUUGGAAUAGCGCCGAUUAUUUACCAAGACAUGAUCGGUAUACCGCAACUCCCCCAAGCUCCAUCGCUAACCGUCUCCACCCAGUUAACGGUGGUUAUCGGUACAGUUACCGGUUAAACCGUUAACCGGAUAACCGAAUCUCACCUCUAAUUUUUGGCGUAUUGGAUUAGAUUAUGACUAUAUGUAGCCGGUAGAUUGGGACAAAUAAGAAGAAACCACUACCGAUAGACUUAUUAUAUAUGUAGUUUAAACCAAUAAGAAAAAAAAAUAAUGGCC